AUGGGGUCUGGGUCUUCGGCGGCGGCGAAGAAGGCCACUGGCGUGGCGGAUGAGUCCCGCGCCGGAACCUGCGCUGAGGAAGUCCGGGAAGCAAGCACAAGUGAGCCAGAAAGGCCGCAUGAUCUCAGCACAGUGGAAGGUCGUGCCGCGUCGAUGCAGGCAACGCUGCAGAUGUCGAAGGCGGAGUUUCGUGACCACAUGGCACGGCUGCAGAAUAAGUUCACCUUGAGAGCUGAAAUUGGAAAGACGGAGAACCGUGGGUUGUCCUUGGCCCAGUUGCAGGACAUCCAGACGUUUGCGGAGCAAAACUGCGAGCUGUGGCGUGAUCUCGCCCCACCUGAACAUUCAAAAACAUCGGGCCAGAUACUCCACAUGGACGUCCUGAACCUGUACCACAUGUGCGCAUGGUGUAUCCUUCCUGCCACUCACGUCGACAACUGCAGCUUCGUGGAGCUCCUGGCAGACGGCGAUCAAAUUCCCCACUGGUUUUGCAGUCAUUGGUGGGGCGAGCCCAUUCAGGACUUCGUGAGUUGUGUGGAAGUACACCAAUCCUUACGAGAAACUGACCUCUAUUGGAUAUGUGCCUACGCGAACAGGCAGCACUCCUUGCAGGAUGAACUCGUCACCGAUCCAUCACAAACCAGCUUCUACAAGGCGAUGUGCUUGUCGAAGGGCGUGCUCAUCAUCCUGGAUGAGGUGGGCCCAGCAACUCCGUUUACACGGAUUUGGUGCGCCUUCGAAGCUUACGUUGCUCUCGUUGACCGACCUCGGGAAGAGGCCAUGCUGCUGGAUAUAUCUUGUCGUCACGACAAGACCACCUACCUACUGACGGAUGGGCUUGGCGCGGGAGAAGCAAGGCUCCAGGAGUUGGGCAACUUCAGCCCGAGCUCAGUGGCACUGGCGCAGUCGCUGAAGGGCUUGCGACAGAUGUGCUUUCCUUCGGAAGUGGUCGAGCACGGCCUGAAGUUGGAACUGCAUCAUGCUCAAGCAUCUCGAGAUAUCGACCGCCGCCGGAUCCUGAACAGCUUCGUGGGCCGCACUGGUGCUGGCUUGGACGAGCCGCCGCACGAGAGCCAUCCCAAGUAUGAGGAAGUCAACAUCCGGCUUCGUGCAGUUCUCGCAGAGGCGGCCUGGGACCAGGUGGCAGUCUCGCAGUCCUCCUCCUUCAUGGCCAACGUGGCUCACUGCCUUGCAGCAGAUCGGUGGCGGGACAGCUUGAUCUUCGACCUCAGUCGCUUGCCGACUGCAGACAACUGGGCUUUGCAGAGUGCGGGCAGGAGUUUGUCGCAACAGCUGCAAUCACUGAAAGUGGAUUGUUCAACCUGUUCGAAGAUUACAAGUCGUGGGCUGGAAGCAUUUGCCCAGCAUUUGCCAAAAGGCCUUAGGGCUCUCUCCAUGAACUUCAUGAUGUGCGAGGGCAUCUCCAACAAGGGCAUGGCCGCGCUUGCUGCACGACUCCCUCGUAGCCUCGAAAAGUUGGACUUGGGCCUGGCCCAGAGCGGCGUUUCGAAUGUUGGCCUGGCUGCCUUGGCCUCCGGAAUGCCCACUGCGCUGCGGGAGUUGAGACUGGACUUGAACUACUGUUCAAAAAUCAGCGAUUCUGGCUUGGCGGCGUUGGGAGACCACUUGCCAAGCCGGCUGCGAUGCUUGAAGAUAGUCCUUGCGGGCCGCCAGCCGCUCACGGAUGCGGGGCUAGCCGCCCUCUUCAAGUUGCCGGCUGAUGUCCAGGAAGUUGAACUUGUUCUACUACAGACAGACUGGCUGACCGAUGCCGGCUUUGCUGCAGUCGUCACGUCGCUGCCUCCCUCCGUGAAGAAAGCAACUAUUCGGCCUCACCUUUGUCGGACGUUGUCUCCCGCGGCCAGGAACGUGGCAGAGAGGCAUCUGGAUGACAUGCGAGAAUGGCUGCAGGAUUGCCGAGUAGCACCCGCCGCUCCAGCAGACGGUGACCACGGACUGUUCGAUUCAGCGAGCCUCCUGCAGGAUGCCGUGACGAAGGAACCGAUCGAGGCUCCGGAGCAAGCCGACGGAGGAAGCCUCGCUCUGCCCAUCGUCAGUCAGGACCAGCUGGACAUCGUUCUGCCCCUUCUGAUCUCUGGCUUGAGCCGUGCGCCGCGAUUGCGUCUACUGCAGCUUGACUUCCAGGAUUGUCCGGAGGCAUUUGGUGACGAGGAGCUGGGAAGAUUGGCGAGCGCUUUGCCAUCUGGACUGGUCACACUUAAUCUGUGCUUGUGGGGCUUGGGCAAAAUUUCUGGCGCCGGUGCAAGUGCCCUAUCCUCCGGGCUGCCUGGAGCACUUCGCGAUUUCACGCUCAUGUUAGGCGGCCAAUGGCACGAUGCUGCUUCAGGCCUGGCUGCCCUGGAUUUGCGCGAGACUCUUCUAGCAAAGCUGACAAUCUACGUUGGCAACGCCAGUGAUGUCGCAUUGGCCACUUUCGCGUCCAACCUGCCGUCCUCCCUGCAGCGGCUUGACCUCACGCUCAUGCAGAGCUAUUCCUUCUCGGAUGCCGGCUUGGCUGCCCUCGCCGCAUAUCUUCCGCAUGCUGUCGAACUGAAGCUGGAGCUGAACACAGGGACGGAGCUUUCCCGCGAGGCGCAGGAGGUGGCCAAAUCCGCAACCCGAGACUCCUUGACAGCGUGGCUGCAGUCCUCGCAAACCGAGCCUGCGAAACCGGCUGCCGGCAGUCAAGAGCGAGCCGUCUGA